AUGGCGGCACGCCCGAUCAGCCGGUUUUUAGCUAUUCCUAGGAGGAACUACAGUUCCAAAGCAGAUAAAAAUAUCGCCUUCCUUGGCCUUGGUAAUAUGGGUGGAUUUAUGGCCGCCAACCUCGUGAAAAAGGGCUUCAAUGUUCGAGGCUACGAUCCUUCUAAGGAGGCUCAGAAUGCCGCAGCCAAAGAAGGCGUUACCAGCGCCAGUUCCAUAGCAGCAGCAGUGGAUGGAGUUGAUGCUGUAGUGUCCAUACUGCCUAGCAACAAAGUCGUUCUUGACGCUUACCUCGGAAAUGAUGGCGUGGUUAAACAUGCACCAAAAGGUUCACUUCUUAUUGAUUCAAGUACUGUAGACCCGAAUGUUCCCAAGCAAAUAUUUCCAGUGGCUAUCGAGAGUGGUGUCAACUUCAUAGAUGCCCCGGUCUCUGGAGGUGUAAUGGGAGCUCAAAACGCCACUUUGGCAUUCAUGGUAGGAGGCCGCAAAGAGGAUUUCGAAAGAUCCCUGCCAAUGCUGAAAGCCAUGGGCCUCAAACAUUUUCAUUGUGGCGACAGCGGUGCCGGUCAAGUGGCUAAGUUAGCAAAUAAUAUGCUAAUGGGAAUCACUGGUAUGGCGACAGCUGAAUGUAUGAACAUGGGUAUUAAAAUGGGCUUAGAUCCCAAAGUUUUGCUGGACGUGUUGAACAACUCUUCAGCGCGCUCGUGGUCUACUGAGGUUUACUGUCCCGUACCUGGACUGGUGCCGACCGCUCCAUCCAGCAGAAACUAUGAUGGUGGUUUCAAGAAUGAACUUAUGGUCAAGGAUUUGGAGCUGGCUAGUGGCAUGGCUCUCGGCAUCCGCUCUCCCAUCCCUCUCGGUGCCGUUGCCACACAGUUGUACCGUAUUGUCCAGUCACGUGGUUAUGGACAAAAAGACUUCUCAUUCAUAUACAAACUGCUGAAGGACGAGAAAAAUUAA